AAUGUCAACUGAAAUGUUUGCGCCCACUGAACAUACACAGCCGGCACGGAAUACGAAAACGGAGCAGAAAACAUAAAUUCCAUAUGAAAUCAGCGCGGCAUGAAUAUAAGUUUUUUAACAAAAAUCUUUAGAAAGUGAUAAGGUUUGCAAAAAUUCGCAUAAGUUUUAAUUAAAGUGAAUAAAUUGUGAAGUUGUUACUUAUGGAGUGGUACGAAAUUGCAGUAGAUGGUGGACGCACUGUGAAAUUCUCAACGAGAGUGCCUCAUCUGGGCGCUGCACAGCAUCAAGAGCAAAAGCAGUUAGAACAAGGGGAUAACGAUGCAGUGUCUGAAGAAGAGUGCUUAGAGCCACAACAAGGAGGGAUCAUAAAACGCGGUAAUUGGUGUUGGCUAUCUAGCGGUAAUGAAUUAGAAAUUCGUGCGCUACGUACUGGUCAGACUAUUGCCACAUAUGAAUUUGUGGAAACACGAGGCUAUGACAGCUGCUACAUACGUUGUGUAGAGGAAUUAUUUCCCUUUAAUAACGAAACUGUGCUUUUGGCUGUAUGUUUGGAUUGUUUUAGUGCACCCGGUCGGAGUUGUAGUUUUAUAGCAAUAUAUUCAAUAGAACAUAGUCAAGUUCUGAGCUGUAUAGAACUGCCACUACACAUUACCGCCGCAGCUUUCGUAGGUGAAAAUUGUUGUCGACGAUCACUAUUGCAAAAUUUCGAUGGUUGCCUUGCCGUGGGCAGUGAAGAAGGUGUUAUUUUACUAUUGGACUUGAAUAUCAACAAAAUAAUAAGCGCAUGUGAUGAACGUGUGAAAGCACCAACUAGACAAUUAACUAAUGAAAUAACGGCUUGUCAUAUAUCGGAUUAUAAUUUGCCACUUGCCGAGAUACAUCGUUCCUUUCAACGUGCGCGGAAUGAUAAUGUACAUUUUGGAUUACAAGUAGAGGUCAUCGACACUCCUUGCACUGUACAAUGCUUACUGCCAAUCGACUUGUCGCUGGGUCUGGCAAUCGGCCUGGAAGAUGGACGGUUAGCUUUUUAUGAUUUGGCUGAAAUGCAAAUAAUACACAUAGCCACGCCCAAACCACAACAAGCAAUCACACCAAUAGUAAAGUUAUGCUAUCUGGAACCCUUGGAUGAUCCACGACAUUGUCUUUAUGUCUGGGCAAUGCACGAGAAUGGCGACAGUUUAAGCGCAGUAUUACAUACGCUGAUUUAUGAUAAACGUUUGUCGGAAAAGGAUGGUUUUUACUACUUCGAGUCCUUCCUUACGGGAUCAGCACGUCUGCAACUACCAUUGGAGAAGAGCAAAAGUAUUGCGAUUGGUUGUCAGUCAAUCAAUAAAAUUCAAAAUGCUAGUCUUCAAAAUAACGGUGUUAAUCUCAAUACGACUCAAACCGAGGAAGAUGGUUAUUGUUUAUGCGCACUCACCUGGUAUUCCACGCAAGAGGAGAAAAAUAAACUACUCAUAUUUGAUUUGAAUCAAUGGUAUAAAGAAGAAAUGCCAUCUAGUAUUAUGAAUCAGAAAUGUCCAAGUUAUUUAGCCGGUUACGUGCUGAGUGGGCGACAAUGUGCGCUUAGCGCAUAUCUUAAUCCCAGCACUGUUGCGCAUUUCAAUUCGUUGCAACGCUUCGAAGAGCAUUUCUAUCCCAAUUCGCUUAGUUUUGAUUGUCUCCUCUUACUGCCGGACAGCUCGCUUGGCUACACCUGGAUUGGUGCACAGAAUAAAAUCAUCAAUGUGUUGCGUGCCAGUAAUUCGAGUAUUUUUCUUGAGCCGGAUAUGUAUUUUAGAGAGAUUUUGCGUACACGAUUAUUGCCGCAAUUCUGCGAACUGAAUGUGGAUUCGACAUUCUCGCGGCUCGCCAUCUUUGAAACAAUUUUGUCCGUCGCUUUGGAACACAACUGUUUCAGUCUUCUCCGCGAUUGUGCCAAAUGUUGGGCAGACGGCAGUUUCAUGGGUUGCAACUUUACUGCCACCACCGGCAUUUCACUGUCGACACUCACCGAUUGGAUUUGGAAACGUGCAACCGAUAUUAAGACACGUUGUAAUGACCUCUCAAAGGGUCUCUUCGACUAUGCCGGUUAUCCAUUGGAUCAACGUGAGCAAAAAGAGUUGGGCUUCUUGACGCGCCAAUUGAAAUUGUUGGGCGAUUUGCUUAGUGAGGUGUUAACCACAGGCAAACGCUAUAUACCCGAUAAUGUUUACCUCACACUCGAAACGCAACAGAAGUCAUUGAAAAUGGCCUCCGAGUAUCAAGAUGUACUACUCUGGUUGUUGAAUAUCGGUUUAUUACCGGAAAUGCAGGAAAAUCGUAAUAAUUUUAGCUCAUACAAACCAUAUGGUAAAUCUAAAAAUGUCCACAAGUCUAACCAGCCUAACGCAAAUACUAUACAAUAUCCUUAUGAUGAUUUGAAGAAUCUCUAUGCGCGUAGACGUGAAUUUUUUGCACGCAGCAAUGAUAAUUUCAUCUCCAAGAAGACUGGCAGUUGCCGUUUGCUCUUCAUCGACGCGCUUAUAGCGCACGAAUGUAAGGGAGAUGGUUUGCGUGAAUGUUGGCUGGAAAACGGUGGCACUGGCCUCUAUCCACCGCCAUCGAUUGAGGCCAUGUUGCGCGUAAUGCUUGUGCCGGAAAUGGAAUUUGAAAGUAAAUGUGCAAUUUUAUUGUACUUCUUUUUGGAUUUACACAUGACCAUCGACGAGCAGGCACAUAAGGAGAUAGUCGAUAGUUUUGUUAAAUUUCCAAGCGUUUUCAAGCUGACUGUCACAUUGAUUAAGACAGUGCAAUCGCUUUGGAAUCUGGAUCAUGGACUAUUUCAGCCCGCCGUCGACGAGUUCAUAUCACCCUUCAACAACAAUCAAACGUAUAGCCAAUGGAUGCUGGAACUACUCAUUGAAUCCUUACUAACCCAGAACGCCGCACAUUUUGCCUUGCGUAUACUCGAGGCACGUCCCACCCUCAUUUCGCCCGUACUCAAGUUAAAGACUCUCCUCGCAAAUAAGCUGAUUUCGGAAGCUUUUCAUUUUGCACGCACCAAACAGGAUGACACACUGCUGGAGCUCUUCUUCAAAUGUUGUCUUUGCGCUGGCAAGUAUGGCGUCAUACGCGAUUUGGCGCUCAACGAACGUGAAGGUCAAUUGGUGCAGCGCAUACUGCGUAGCAGCAAAACACUUGGCGCCGAAAACCUACAUUUCGUUUAUCUGCUGCAAAAGUCCAAAUAUAUUGAGGCCGUCUCCUAUAUGGAUGAACUAUCGCGUACGAAGUCACUGCGCGGUCACUACGGUAACGAGAGUAGCAUUGCAGGUAAUACUGAUACGCCCAAUCUUGUGCUAUCCGCCUUCAAUACAACUAUGGCGCCGGUCACGCAAGGUUUAACCGAUGUCUACUUUCGCAUUAAGAAUAAAAUCAAGAAAAAAGAAACGGACAAUCGUUCGCCUGUGCCGCUAAGCUGUCAAUUGAUUAAACAGAAUGCCAACAAUUUGCUAGGCGGCAUCUAUCACAGCUCGGCAUUGAGUGCCCACUUUGCCACCUACUACUGGGGCGAAAUUGAUAGUGAUCGUCGUGAACGUAAUGGCGCGCCGCCGCCUAACUCGUUGCUGAGUGCGAAUAAUGCGCCAUUCCUGCGUAAACCACAAGUGGAUGCCUGUCACUUACAGCUGGAGCAAUCGGCGCAGACUGGCGUCUCAUAUCCACAGCCGUACAGGGCGACCGAGAAGCGCACACUAGUGGAGCGUGAGCUCGAACAAGCUGACGUGCCGGAUGACGUGUCGAACAUUAUGUUAAAUACGAAUAUGCAACCACGUAAACGUCGACGUUUACUCGGUCAGGAAAUCGUGGAUGACUUGAGUCAUUUCAUGCAGUUGAACAAAUCGGCUCAACAUCUCACAGCACGCGGUUUCGAUUUGAAGGACGUUUGCGAAGCAAAAGUGAAAGUGAGUGAACCAACUGCCAACGCCACUACUGAAUAUCUGACGCAGCCGCUGAGCACACCGCGGCGCCGUUUGGUGGCUUGUGAUGAGAGUCGUGGCGAUUUGUCUGUCGCUUCGGAGUUGCACAGCAUUUUGAAGACCAGCAAUACGCCAGAAAGAAGUUUGCGUGCGCACAGCGCGCGCCGAGAGCUGCACACAGCAAUGGACGAAAGCAAAAAUUUGCGUUUCAACUUAGAGGUCACCAAUAUAGUCGAGGAGAAGGAAGAGACAGCCGCUGAGAAGCGUGACAUGGCAAUUAAGCUGUCGCAAGCAGAAAAAGUAUGCGCUCUCAGUGCAAUUAAUAAAGAUCGUGAUGAAGUUGUACGCAUAAGACGCGUAGUAACUACAACGGUAGACGACGAAAGCGUAGAGAGUGUUAGAACUACUGAACAGUCUGUUAAAGUAGCGGAAGUACCGAAGGAAUCAACACAAGAAGAUGUUGAAAUGGCUGAAGACGAUGCAGUGGACGAAUUACUCAUUGAGGUGCGGCAUGAAAGAUCACCAGCAGUUACACACUCGCCAAUCACUAAACACAAAUCCGUAGCGCGUGCCGUCUCUGUCGAGUCGAAUGCUUCAAAAAAUAAUAAAUCUUCAGUGGAAGACGAGGAUGACGAUGAUGAGGAUGAAGAUUUCUUCUCGCCCCUGUCCUCACGUAAUAAUUCCUUGCUAAUGGAUAGUGUGCGUUCACCGAUUUCAUCGCAACUCAGCACAUCAAUCAGCUCAGCCUACGAGACGGCGACGUCAAAAUUGUUUCGCUUUAGUGGCCCACAAGCGCGUAAACCACUUGCACGUCUUUCAGUCGAACGUAGUCAAAGUCGUACGCCGGAAAAGCAGACGCCUUCAGAAGAGAAUAUUGAAGAAUGUGAAAAGAAAGAAAGCGAAGUUGAAAUUCAAAAGUCUACGCAAAGUGACAUUGCUAAUCAACCAAGCAGUGGUUACGUAAGCGUGUGUUCCUCGAGCAUCUCAAAAAGUGUCAGCACCUUGUUCACUGACAAACCGACUUUUCAGAUCAAAUCCGUUAUGUCUUUAGCUAGCAGCGACUUUGUGCCACACAGCUCGUCAUCGAAAAUAGCGGCUACACAGUCAAAGUUCAACUUUGAGGAAACAAAGCCGCUGACACACCGUGGCAAGCUCUCGGAAUGCAGCACUAUGGUUGGUAGCUUCAGUGUGGAGGAAAGCGCAUUUGCAACAGAAACGGACAAAGUCGAUGAAGUCACAAAUGAUAGAAAAGUUUUUACACAGUUUAAGACGCCUACUGAGUUAGCGCAUCCAAAGGCGGCGCACCCUUUACAGGCCGAUACUACGCUCGGCAUGAGUUCAUACGAUUUUACAAUGCCCGAUACUAAGUCAGAACAUCUUCUGGACUCGACAAAUACGGCAGAAGUUAGCGUCAAGCAUAAGAAUGUGAACUUGAAAGUUAUGGAAACUGUUGAAGUGAUGGACACGGAUGAGCAAGUUGAGGAUACACAAAAUGUCGCCGUCACAACUGAGAGUGACUUGCACUCAGAUGCUUUCGGUUUACCGGUGCAGCAGCAAACAACAGACUGGAAUAUUGAUGAAAGCGAAGAUUCCAAUGAUGUAGUUGCCCUCUAUGAGAAUAAAAGUGAAGCUGUUGAAAAGCACAGAAAUUAUCAAGCCGCCAACGACAGUGAUAGUGAUGUUAUUAUCUUAUCAUCUUCUCCAUCGUCGCCGAAUAUACAUGGCGAUCAAGCAUCUGAUACCGAUUCUGAAAGCGAUGAUGGGGACGAAAACGCGUAUGGAGACGAUGGAGAAGAGGAAGACGAAAAUGAAAGUGAAGAGGAAGAUCGUAUUUAUAGCAAAGAUGCGUCCGAGAGUUCAAGUUCGUCUAUAGAAAUUAUUGAAGAAAGUAACAGCAGCGCAGGUAAUAAAUUCGAGGAGGAGGACAGUAGAUCAAUAGCAGAAGAACCAAUAACGGUAACAGUGUCCGAGGUUGUUGCAUCUGUUGUAAUGGAAGAUGAAAACGAGUAUCCAGAAAGUAAAGCAAACGAUGAAGAGGAAAUUGUAACGCAUACAAAGGAUGUCAGCAACGAAUCGUCGAUGCACAGCAUCUGCGAAUCAGUUGAAAGUGAAAGCCGAAUUGUCGUAGAGGAGAUCGCAGCGUCUUGUGUUGAUUACGAAGAGUUAGUAAUGCGCGAAACUGUUAUAUUUGAUGAGUCCGAAGAUGGAGAACGGACUUCGUCUUCUAACACUCAAGAGUUGAGCUCAUAUUUUAGCAAAAGUGUAAUAGCACAGAAGGACGGCGAAAUUAUAAUUGAAGAGUUGAAAGUGAGCGCUUAUAGCGCAUCCUCGAAAGAAAUUUAUGAAGAGCUUGGUGACGAUGUGUUUUACUGCGACGCCGAAACGACAAAUGAUAGUGUUGAAACCAAUGAAGCAGCCAGUACUUCUGCCGGAAUCAGUAAGCGAAUAUCAGUUGCCGAAAAGCCAACGGGCGAGUCUGCAGAAACCGACGAUGUACCUAAAGUCGAAAUUGAUGUGCCAGUUUGUUCUGAAACUGCUAUCAGUAAGCAAAUAUCGGAGGUUACCGAAAAGCCAGCAGACGAGUCUUCGGAAGCCGCCGAUGAACCUAAAGUCAAAGUUGAUGUACCAGCUUAUACUGAAAAUGCUGAAACUUACAUGGAAAUAAAAGGAAAAGAAAGUGUAGAAGAGACGCAAGUCACUAUCGCAGUCAAGAAUGAUGACACAAAAGAAUUAGAAGAAGAGGAAGAGCAAAUUAAACUGCACGUGGAUGAAGACCUCAGUGAGGCUGAAGCUAUGGAUGUGGAGGAAGGUGCAACAGACAAUACUCCGGAACCAAGUAUCUCGGUGACAGUAGAGAAAGAAAAGCUGGUAGAGACAGUUACUAAAGUAGAAGAACUGGAAGCCACAACACUACAAUCAGGAGUUGAAAGUCACCAAAAGCCAACACUAGCUGCGGAAAGUCCGAAAGACAACCAACUUGAGGAAAAGCAAGAAAGUAAAAUGGAGCAUACUGAGAAACAAACCUCGCCACAAAAGUCUUCCGAGCCCACAGACAAGUCAUUGAAUUCAACACAAACAUCAGUUUCCAUUGAAGUGAAUUCUCUGAAACGUACACGGGUGACUUCACCAUUAGAAGAAAAUGAAACAGACAAGCUUUCGUCCACACCUACUCGUGACCGAUACAAUCGUCGUGGCACUUCUGUGCCUCCACCUCCGUCAGAAUCUGCGGUUAAUACACCAAUUGAGGAAGUUAGUACACCACGUCGCAAUACUCGUGGCAUUUCAAUGCCACCACAGACCACUGCACAGCAAGAAGAAGAAGCUUCGGUGCAUACACCAAGUCGACGUCGUAAUAAGCGUGCAAGCUCAGUUCAACCCAGUGAAGAGAGCGCGGCUCAGCCUGGCACGCCGCGCACUCGCCGGAGCAUUCGCGGAGUAUCAGUGCCGCACGACGUUGAUGAAACGGCCAAAAGCAGCACGCCUGUGCGCACCGGACGCGGUACAUCAGUGCCACCACCGGCGACAAUUGUGACACGUCGCCGCUCAGCUUUGCUUGAGGCCAUCAAUGAAAGUACACCCAUAGUGGACUCGCCAUCGACGCGUACACGCUCACGGAUACGCUUAAAUUCGGUCGAAAGCGAAUUGGAUUCGUCAAUUGUGAGUGGUGGUGGUGAACAGGCCCCACAAACCAAACGAACACGCCGUUCUUCAGUAUCAAGCAGCGUUUCCGAGCAACCAACUACACCUAGCAGCAGACGUACACGACGUAGUAAUAUAGCAGCUACUGUGCCUGCUACAGUGGCAGAGGCUACCACCGAAGUUGGUACACCUAGAAGCCUACGACGAACAACUCGAAGAGUGAGUAUGAAUGCAGAAAACCUAGACGCAACGCAACCACUUGAAGAGCACGAGCAUGAAACUGAGGAAACGUCGGAGUCCAAUAAGACUACCACUGAAUCAGCUUUAUAUUCGUCAGCUCGACGUUUGACACGCACUCAGUUGGCCAUGAUGGAGAAGUCGGCAGCACUUAUUAAAAAUACAACCCUCGAAGGUUUGCGUAGUGGCGAUUCAAUAUCAUCACCCACAAAUAAGCGUGUCAGUAAGCGGCGUAGUUCGCGUUCUACCGUGCCGGAUAGUGAUGAUGUCGAAUCGAUUUCAUCGCACGUAAGCAAUGUGUCUGGUGCACAAAAACGUCGUGUGACACGUAGCUCCAUGAAGGACAAGGAGGACAAUGAUGAUGAUUUGGCCAGUAUUGCGAGCUCAGUUGGCAGUGAACGUGCACCUAAGCGGCGCUCCAAAGAGUCCAAAAACUCUCCAAAUACUACUUUGAGUACCAUUCAAGAAGAUGAAGCAGAAGGGGAAGCGGGGCAAAAGAAGCGAUCUCGGCAGUCCAAGAAAAAUGUAUCCAAAUCGCAAGGAGAACCCAGUCCCUAAGAUCAAUAUUGUUUUAUUAAUUAAUACUUUUGUUGUUGCAAUGUAAAAUUGGAGUAAAAUACCAAUAAAGAGAAUAGCCAUUGGAAAAUUUCUAAUACUAUAAAUUUAUAAAUUUUUUAUUCAAUUUUGAAUUUUGUUUUAGUUUCUGAAUAAAAAUCUGAAAAUCUUA